UUGGUCUUCCCUAAGUGCUUGGGCGGGGAAAGAGCCUCUCUUCUUGCACGCCUCAAACAAAUUCUAAUAAACCAAACUUAAUUUCAAAUUAGAAAGACGAUUGGGUUAGAUUAGAAUUUUUUGCAGUAGAAAUAAAUGCUUAUUUUGUUCAUUUACGUACAUAAUUUAUGCAAAUAACAUAGAACUUAAUGAUCUGCAGAUGAUACGUAAAUUAUAGCAUUUAAAAUACGUUUGUAUGGUUAAUUUUAUUUGCUAAUAACUUUUUAAUACAGCGAUGGCUAAUCUUUUAGUUCCAACCACAUCUUUGAUAAUAUAUGUGUAAUGGUCAUUUAAAUCGGUGCGGUUGUCAUAACUAUGUAGUUUUAUCAAUAAUACUAUUAAUAGUAACAAAAAUGAUGAAGAUAACGAUUGCAUGGAAUCAAUUACGAGCAAUCGUUGCUCGCAAUUACAUGGUUGCGUGUGUUUCAGCUAUCUGAUUGUUAUAUAUAUGUAUCACGGCACAAUAGUUACAAAAUGUUAUCGCUAUUACAUAAAAAAGGACAUUUUAAAAGAGCUAAUUGUAAUUCAACAAAUAAAGAAACAAUUUAAUGCUCGCAUGUUUCUCUUUUUCGGUCAGCUUCGAAUCGUGAAAGAGAAACAUUGUGAGAAAUUUCGCAGUAUUUUAGCACUAUCUCUAAGAUCUACACGCAAUAGAGACAAAUUAGCCCCGUUUGAAGUAAUAAACAGAUUUAUCUGCGCUUUAUCGCCAGCAUGAGUGAAACAUAGCGAUAUGUUAGCAAUGAUCAUAGCAACUAAGUCAGUUCUUGUGAAAUCAUGCUGGAAAAUUGUCGAUGGUUGCUAUACAUAUCGCGCUUUUGUGGCUGUCAUCCACACACGAUCGAUGAAUUAUCGAUAUUUAAAAAUUUUCACCCACUGGCAGUGUACUCACUGAUCGCGUGCGGCAUGUAUUGCGCUGGAGCAUAUUAUACAUUUAACACUUAUUUAAUUAAGUGUGAGACUAAUGUGGGAUGUGUUCUGGAACAAUUGUAUCGAUACAGCCGGUCUUCCUAUAUGAUUCUAACGGCAUUGUUGUCGUGUCUGCGACAUAUGGAAUUUGAACGUACUAUAUCCACAACUCGUAAAUUCGAUAAUUUAAUACAACAUUAUCAUUGGUGCACUGAUGACAAACGAAAGAAUCACUAUAUGCAAUGGCUGAUUAUGAUAUUAAUCUUCGGCGUUUGGUUCACACCUAUCUUACUAAUGAUAAUAUUUAGUGCUAGAAACAAAACUUUAACCAAAACAGUUUUGUUUGCAUUUAUGAUAAAAUGCGUAACACGAAUAUCGUUCUCCAUGGAAAUCGCAAAAUUUUACUUCUUAUACGAUGCAUUGCGUCGCAGAUUUCAUCGUCUCAACAGACUGUGUCAUGAAUUGAUUGGGAUGACUGUUGGCAUCAAUAUCAGAUUAUUUGCCGACGGACUUGCCAUCAUGAAUCUCCAGCGGUUACAUCGUUAUCUUCACGAUGCAACAAAUUGUCUCACUUCUUAUUACAACCCACAGUUGCUCACUUGGAUCACAUGUAUGCUAAUAGAGAUUACAACUAAUGUCUUCGGCAUUGUUUUUAGUGGAAAAUAUAUUCCACUUAACAACAUGCUGCUAUUUUAUAUCCCGUAUGUGAUAUUUGUAUCACUUCAAAUUAUUGCUAUAAGUCGCAUCUGUUAUUUGACAUGCAAUCAGGCAAACGCAUUGGCGAGUAUAAUAUUCUCGGCAGAAACUUCCGCAUUCAAACAUAGUAACUUUUCGACUGAAACAACCGAAUUGGGAGUAUUUCUAUGGGCGCAUCCGUUGCGCAUCAGAGUUUGUGGCUUGUUUAAUUUGGAUAACCAAUUUACACUUUCGGUAUUCGGCAUAAUACUAAUGUAUGUGGUUCUAGUUUCAUCUGUUCUUUGAAGAGAAUUUUAAGCAAACAAAUAUGUUUCGAAAAAGAUUUAAAAAUUAAAAAAAUUUCCGUCUAAUUUUAAUAAAGUUUUUGAACUUUAAAAUUGUAAAGUAUUUUAAGAUCUCCGUAGAGUUUGCUUAUUACGGGUCGCUUGCUAUUAUUAUUCUGCAGAGGAGUCCAUAACAUAACCCGUUAAACUUGAAGUGCUUGGUUUAUAUUGAAAUGUGGUGUAAUUAAAAAUAGAAAAAAAAAAAAUUAGUAAAAUAUUACAAUUGUACGCGUUACUUAACACUAUUAUGUACUUAUGGACGAUGAUCCGUAAUUGAGUUGGUGAGUGAGGGAAGAAGAAAGAGAGAAAAAAAGAAAGGGAGAGAAUAUUUUAUAACUUUUGUAAAUAUUUCAA